CUUUCAGGAAGCCCCGCCCCCACCGUCUUGACACUUGCUCUGCUGGUAAACGCGUCGCUUUCUGUUAGCGCAUGUGUUUUCAAACAUCACCAUGGAAGGAUCGUCUAUGCCGCUGCGAUGUUUCCGUGAGUCGCACUCAUCUGAGCUUUUCAACGAUGACGGCGUGCAAACGGUGACCUCGAGAGAACAAAAAAAAGUUGAACGCAGUAUUCAAGAGGUUUACAGUGUUUACCAGCAAAUGCACAGCGCACCACAGCCUGCUCUACUGAGGGAACAACACUAUCAUUACUUGAAGAAAGGUUUACGCCAUCUCUCUGAUGCAUACGAGUGUUUGGAUGCCAGCCGGCCUUGGCUCUGCUAUUGGAUCCUGCACAGCCUGGAGCUGCUAGAAGAACCCGUGCCGGUGGCGGUUGCAUCAGACGUGUGUCAGUUUCUGGCGAGGUGUCAGAGCCCGACAGGUGGGUUCAGUGGAGGUCCGGGUCAGCAUGCUCACCUUGCACCCACCUACGCUGCUGUUAACGCUCUUUGCAUCCUGGGCACAAAGGAGGCCUACAAUGUCAUCAACAGAGAGAAGCUCCUGGACUUCCUGUAUUCUGUGAAACAGCCAGAUGGCUCCUUUGUGAUGCAUGUGGGUGGAGAGGUGGACGUCAGGAGUGCAUACUGUGCAGCUUCUGUGGCUUCGCUCACAAAUAUUAUCACACCCACUCUGUUUGAUGGGACGCACCAUUGGAUUAUCAGUUGUCAGAACUGGGAGGGCGGUUUAGGUGGAGUCCCAGGACUUGAGGCACAUGGUGGCUACACCUUCUGCGGCACCGCUGCCAUGGUCAUACUGGGCAAAGAACACAUGCUGGAUCUUAAAGGCUUGUUACGGUGGGUAACCAGCAAACAAAUGCGUUUUGAAGGUGGAUUUCAGGGCCGGUGUAACAAACUGGUGGAUGGAUGUUACUCUUUCUGGCAAGCAGGGCUUUUACCAUUACUCCACAGAGCUCUUUUCAAAGAAGGAGAAUCAACGCUGAGUGUGAGUAGCUGGAUGUUUGAGAGAAAAGCCCUGCAAGAAUACAUCCUCCUCUGCUGCCAGAAUCCUGGUGGAGGCCUUCUGGAUAAACCCAGCAAGUCUAGAGAUUUUUACCAUACGUGCUACUGUCUGAGUGGACUCUCAAUAGCACAGCAUUUUGGAAACCAAGAUCUCCAUAAUGAAUUGAUCCUGGGUCGAGACGAGAACAGGCUGGCACCUACUCAUCCAGUUUACAACAUCGGUCCGGAGAAGGUCGCCCGAGCGAUUGAACAUUUCCACCAGCUGCCGGUUCCAGUUUUCACAGGAGCUACGAAUGAUACGGACCAGUCAUAGACUUUCAUUUCUAUUAAAGAUAUGUGAGAAAUUGAGCUAGCUUGAUCUGAAGCAGAGGCGUCAUCUGUAAAUGCUGUAGAGAGGAAUAUGUUGGUUUGUACUACAAAGAAAACACACCAGGGGUCUUUAUCUCCUAGUUUCAGCAUGGGAUUUUGAUUCUGGAGAAACAGCGGAGACUGACCUGCCAAGGUGUUACCAAUGCACCAGUCAAUGAAAGUUUAUUUGCACAUACAGUACCAACUUACUUUUGCUUUUGGUAAAUGUUUUCUGGAGUGUAUGUGCCAGUAGGGUUCUGGUUAGAAAUAAAGAAUUUGUAUUAUGAUUUA